AUGGCAAAAGGUGCCGCUCACCCGAACGGCAGCAACUUUCGACGGGUCGCCAGGCUUGAUGUGGUGGCGCGCGUGCGGCGCCUCAGCCAGCUGGGACUCCUGAAGGAGCGGCCCAAGUGGCUCACGUGGUGUGAACGAGUACCACCAUUGGAGAACCACAACUUGCAACUGCAGACACGAACCGUCCGAAAUCCAUACCCUCAGAUGGUGAAUCACCUGCUCAAGAAAUACCCAGAUCUUCGCUUCCAGGAUUGCUACGUGGAUGGCAAUGACUGGUCCGUGGGCAAUGACUCCUAUCGGGAUGAUCAUCCUGUGAUGCAGUUUGUUGCUCAGCAGCUGAAAUUCAUGAGAGUCGACGAGAAGAAGGUCGAGAUCUCCUACGGCUUCGCCUGGCAAAGCUUCCUGGACGCCGCGAUGUACGGAAAGGAUCCGGCUUGCUAUGUGGUCAAGACGAGCCGUGGUGAGCGGAUUGAGUGGAAACGUCACGGGGAUGGCGAACUGGAGACGAUGCCGAAGGAGGAGGACUUCCCACUCAUCCUGGAGGAGGAUGAAACGCGUGCAUCGAGCGGUCGGGAGCAGCAGCUGAACUUCAUGAGACCCGAAAGGGUGUUAAGCAAGAAGGAGGCCUUCGAAAAAACGGAGAAGUUCUUCGGGGCGAGGCGGGCGAGGCUGGAGGCAGAGCAGAAGUUGUUAAUGGCUCAGAUGUUGAAUGCGGGCUUCCAGCCCAUGUUCACCACUGGCCGUGCGUACCUCGAGGUGGAGAAAGCUCGUCUGGAGAGUCAACACUUGGAGAGGAUCAUAGGCGCCUUGCGCCAGGAACGGCGGGCCGCGGAGAAGGCCGCCGGCGAGCCGGCCGCCAGCUCGCCGCGGGCCGCGUUGCCCAAGCCUUCGUUUUUGGACCUGCAGCAGUUCAAGGCGUCCCGGAAGGCGGCGCGGAAGGUACCUUCUGAGGACGACUUCAAUCCGCUGCUUGAAACGGUUCAGACGGAGCGCGACGAGGACGUGAAAACGAGUCUCCCCCAGGAGGAGCCUGAGAAGAAGGGCCCUGAUGAGCCCCUCGAACCGCCCACACCAGAGGACGAGGAAACCUCCUCUACGGUGCAUGCACGUGGCAGUCAGAUUUCAGCUUCAAGCCAAGCAGAGAGAGUUGGGAAGAUGCUCCAACAAAAGGAAGGCGGAAAGAUGCUCCCAGUCAGGGAUCCACUCGACAAGCAAGACAAGAGGAUAACACGACAAGAGGAUGAGGAUUCAGACAGCGAGAGGCGGAGAAGGGACCGGCGGGGGAUCGACGACUUGGAUGAAGAGUUGGGCGAGGAGUGA